AUGUCGGUUAGAGAAGCGGCCAAGGCAAUGACAGCAGUGCUAGAAGCAGCCGCAGCCGCAAGAACAGCGGGUUUUGCUGCCGGCAGUGUUUCGACUGCUUCUAACGGAGCAGCUUAUAAAGGAGCUGCGCCUGCGGCUUAUACGGAGGAUGAAAACCCGUCCAUGUGCGCAAAGCACGUGUGCGCUGAGGGCACGGUGCGGUGCGCAGUGAACAGUAAAUGCUUGGAUGCCACCCGGUGGUGCGACGGCAUCAUCGACUGCCCUGUUACCAAAAAAGGAAACGUUACCAUAAAAGCUGGCCCGAGCAGCAGCAGCAGCAGCAGUGGGAAGGGGAGUGCGGUGGCUGCAGUGGUAAACGGAGAGGAUGAGGAUCCGGGUGUGUGUGCUAGCUGGAGUUGUCCUGAUUGGGGCAGGAAGUGCAGCAACGGAGUGCAGUGUGUGGCUCGUGAGCACUGGUGUGAUGGCGUCUCUGACUGCCUUCCAGCCCCCUCCUCCUCCCCACCAUCCCUGCCACCACCAGCAGCAGCAGCAGCAGAGCCAGCGCCAUCAGCAUCAUCAUCGCCGGAUUCACCAGAGGCAUUCAACGAUGAGGAUCGCGCCAUGUGUGCGGCGCUGGUGUGCCCCGAGGGCCAGCGCCGGUGCCGCAACGGCUGGCAGUGCCUGGCGGAGCGCCAGUGGUGCGACGGCAGCAGCGACUGCAUCCACCCUGACAGCGCGAGCAACAGCAGCAGCAGCAGCAGCAGCAGCGGCGGCGGCAGCAGCGGCAGCAGCAGCGACAGGAGUACAUCUGGUGACAAGCAACAGCUUGUUCCAGGGGACGAGGACCCGGUGUUCUGCCGCUCCUUCCGCUGCCCCGCAGGCAUGGGCAAGUGCCGCACCGGGCUGCAGUGCGUGCCGCUGAUUCAGGGGGGUGGAAUCGACGCGUCCAAGUGUCAAGGUGCUGGGGCUGACAGUGUUGACCCACAGGAUGCGGGCAGCAACAGCGACUCGCCAUUAGACCCUGGAAAUGGGGCUGCUGACCCAGGCAGCCAGGACACGGGCAGCACAAAAAAAGGCAAAGGGAAGGGGAAAGGGAAAGGCGGUGGUGGUGCAAAAGAUGGGGCAGGCGGGGGAGGGGGAGGAGGGGGAGGGGGAGGGGGAGGGGGAGGGGAAGGGAAGAGUCGUGGCGGAGCUCUAAAUAAGGCUGCAGACGCUGUUGUGAAAGGACUCAAGGGCUUGGGAGGGUCGGGCAAAGGCAAGAAGGGGAAAGGCAAGGGGAAAAAGGGAUGA